AUGGGCCCACAGGGACCUCGAGGUGACCCAGGUCCUCCCGGCCCAGAAGGUGCUAUUGGACCGCCCGGUCCUCGGGGUCCUCCUGGUCUUGCUGGAAGUGAUGGUGAACGCGGUCCCGCCGGUCCACAAGGUACACCAGGUACUCCAGGACGUGACGGGCGUCCGGGUGUUCCAGGUGUUCAGGGUUCGCCUGGACCUCAGGGAAUUGCUGGACCACCAGGUGAACCAGGUGCUGAAGGCAGUCCGGGACCUCAGGGCUACGCUGGACCCCCGGGUGAUAAAGGUGAUGACGGUUAUGAAGGUUUGAAAGGUUCCCAAGGUGCAAUGGGUCCUCAAGGUCCUCAAGGUCCAAUCGGUCCAAUUGGUCAGCCUGGACCAAUGGGUCCACCUGGUGCUGAAGGUCCGCGAGGUGAGACCGGUCCAGCUGGUCGUGUCGGUUUGAUGGGUAUUCAAGGACCUCCGGGAGCACCCGGUACACCCGGUAUGCCCGGUCCAGCCGGUCAGAAAGGUGAUCGAGGUGAAACCGGUAAGAAAGGAGCAAAAGGUGCCAAAGGUCCUAUGGGUACAGCCGGAAAACCCGGUGCACCUGGUCAACCAGGUCUUCAGGGUGAAGCAGGUCACGAUGGUCGACCCGGAGCCCGUGGUGAACCUGGCGCGCGUGGUCCUAUCGGUCCGGUCGGUAUCGACGGUCGCCCCGGUGAACGUGGUCUGAUGGGUCGUAUGGGAACACAAGGUGCGAAGGGUGCCCAGGGUGAACCCGGUGUGAUGGGUAAUGUCGGUGCUGCCGGACCAGCUGGUGUGAAAGGAGAGAAAGGUCAAAUUGGACGACCGGGUAAUCAGGGAGAGCCGGGUCUUCGUGGAGCUCGUGGUCCGAUGGGUCCAGUAGGAGUCAAGGGAGCUCGAGGUGAAGUGGGUCCAGGAGGCAGCCCCGGUAGUCCUGGUCUGGAUGGCCAGCCGGGCAUGGACGGUCAACCAGGAGAAUCAGGAUCGCCAGGUGAACAGGGUCUAUCGGGACCUCCCGGACCUCCUGGACGACCAGGAUUGGAUGGAAGUGCCGGCCCACGGGGUGAGAACGGACAGCCCGGAUUGAAUGGAGUCCCCGGUGUAAAAGGUGCUAUUGGCCCAAUGGGACCUGCCGGUAUUCCCGGGAAAGACGGUAGUCCAGGCAUCCCUGGACCUAUCGGUCCAAUGGGUCCUGUCGGACCUCGUGGUCCCAGUGGAGUUGUUGGCGACGUGGGUGAGAAAGGAGCAAAAGGCAUUGACGGUCCACCAGGUCUUCCCGGUGAAACAGGUGAGGCCGGUGAUCCCGGUCCAGAUGGUGAAGAAGGUCCUGAGGGACCAUCAGGAGCAAGCGGUCCACCAGGACCUCCUGGACCAGUGGGUGACCCAGGUCUGGAAGGAGUUGCUGGUGUGGCUGGACCCCCAGGUCAAGCAGGCUAUGACGGUCCUACGGGUCCAGAUGGUAAGGAUGGAGCCCCCGGCAAAGAUGGAAAACCUGGUGCACAAGGAACUCCUGGAGCACCUGGCCCAGUUGGUCCACCUGGUCGUGUUGGUCCUCGAGGUGCUCAAGGACCACAGGGACCACGUGGUUUCAAAGGUGAUAUCGGUAUCAUGGGACCUCCUGGAUCGUUUGUGAGUGAUUCAAAUGGCCUUCAUUCUUAUAACUUACCUUUUAUAGUCAAUGAUUUCUCUCAUACGUGA